AUGGCAGUAAAGCACAUCCUUCAAGUUUGGUUCCUUUCAGCAAUCCUCGCUGCUGCUAGUGGUCUUGGUGGAGAGCUGGCCAAGUAUCAGACAAACCCCUCUUCAACCAACCAUAAGAGUCAUCGACAGGACGUCUGUGACCGAUAUGAAAAAUACCGUGCUGGUGAGAUUGAGCUGAAGGAUGCCCUUUCAGGUAUAUCCUUGAGGCCAGUCUUUGUGUCUUAUGAAGGAGAUGAUGAGUAUAUUGACAGCAUCAAUCCAGGCAUUACCGUAGAGCUGCUCGAUCUGGUCGCUGAAAGGGCCAAUUUCACUUGGCGCAAGUCCUUUGGUGUCACUGAAGAUGCUGGGAAAUACAACAUGACAUGGACUGAGCUUCUGCUCUGGCAUAUUGAAAACUACGAUAUAUCAAUUGAAGGGUGGGAUCAUUCAGUAGAAAGAAUGGAGCAUGGUGUUACAUACACCGAGCCCUGGUCGGAUUCCAGCAUCAUUUUGAUUGACAGAAGGAGAAACCUUCGGGAAUCCAAUGCUGUGGAUCCUUUCAAUCGGACUAAACCUUUUGAACCAGCUGUGUGGGGAAUGAUUGCUCUGACAGUGUUCCUGUCUGCGCUAGUCUAUCAGCUCGUUGAAUAUCUCAACGGAGAGAGAGAAGACAGGUCCCUCUACCAAUGGUUCUCCGACAACCUCUACCUGAGUUUUCUCAAUUUCUCCCAGAACUUUGAAUAUGCUCCCACUAGUCUUGCUGGAAGAAUAUUUGGUGUCAGCAUGACUUUUUGGGCUCUGGUCAUCAUGGCAACAUACACAGCAAAUCUUGCCUCUCUCUUUGUGGACUCCCGAAUAGAACCUGUUUUGGUGGACUCAAUGGAGGCAGCUGUGGUGUACAAUUAUGGUGUGUGUACUGUUGAAAACACCAAUUUGGACUUUUACAUCCGUGAUACCUAUUCAAAAGCACGCCGGGAAACCAGAGUUGAUGACUCUGAAGUGUUCAAGUCACUGAGAAAUGGAGAGUGUGACCUGGCUGCGACAUAUGCUUCGGUAUGGCAAAAAGUUCAGGUUAUCGAGGAAUACAACCCUCAAUGUGACUUGGUGUGGGUCGGUGAGAAAAUAAAGUCCAUCAAGUCUGGCUUUGCUGUUGUAGCAGAUGCAGGUGACAAGUGCAGCAGUUUGGUCCGCCAUGUUGUGAAUUUAUUUUUGGUGGAAAUUGUGGAAGAAGGAAUUUUGGCGGCGCUUGAGCAAAAAUACCAAGCUUUAGCAGAUGAUGGCAUCUGCAGCUAUGAUGAAGAAGAUGAAGAUCGAAGAAACCGUCAACUUCAAUCCCGCAAUGUCCCACAGCAGGCAAAGGUACUCAGGGGCCUCCAGGCUUCUUCUAUGCAUCGUGUUCUCUCAGGUGCUGGAACUGGAGCAACAGCAGCAGAAGGUGAUUCUAUAGACUCUGAUACGUUGACUCUUGAACAAAUGGCUGGAACUUUUUUCCUGCAUUUUGGAUUCAUGGCUGUCGCAGUUGUGGUGAGUUGCUUUACUGCUUAUGCUCAGAAAAAUGGCUGGUUUAUGAAAGAAGGGCAGGUAGCGGAGAAGGUGAUCAACAGGACCCAUGGACCAAUCAUUGGAAUGCCACCACCCGUGAAUACGUACGUCGUUCGAAACAUCCACGAAGAAGCAAUGACUGCAGACAACAAUUCCUGUAACGAAGCACCCCACGUCUUCAGUAAUGAGGACCAUCAACCCUCCUGGAAAACCACACAUGCAGAAUUAUUGCAGAAGCAACGGUCUCUGGAAGCCAAGAUUGGCACAGUAGAAGACAAGAUUGACAGUAUUGAAGCCAAGAUCAACAUGAUUAUAGGGGUUCUACGGGUACAAGAGUAUCAUGCAAUGGAUGCCAGCGUGUGA